GAGACAGGGAAGCAACGGCGAAGAAAACGCAUAUCAGCGUCGCGUUCGGUGUGGCCUCGACGGCUUUUCGUCUCGUCUAUAGUUUUCUCUCCCUUCGUUUCUCUCGACAUUAUUAAGCGUUAUUUUCCUCCCUCUCUUCACUCUCUAUGUCACUCUCUCUCUCUAAUACUUUCUUUCUUGUGUAACUUCCUCCUUCAUCUAAAUAAUCUCAUUCGGUCUUUCAAGAAACGUCUUCGUAUUUCCGCUCGUUCAUCCUCGUCUAUUUCCGUCCGUUCGUUCGUUAGUCUUAUCGAAGACAGCAAGUUAGAAAGAGAAAGAAAAAUAGAUAUAGAUAGAGAAAGAAAGAGAGAGAUAAAGAUAGAUAGAGAAAGGGAGAGAGAGAGAGAGAGAGAGAGAGAGAAAUUUAGCCGCUACGUUCGUCACAAACGUAGCCCUUUGUUUAUCGGUGUUUUUAACCCUCUAGUUGGUUUAAUCCGUUCUUUCAGUUUCGGGUGUUGCUCAGAAUAUUAAACCGGUCGUGUAUUACACCUUUGCCCAAUUAAUAUAGUUCUCAUAUUUUUCUCAUCGAAUUUAACGCGAAUUUCACGCAAAUACUGGUGUAAGAUGCAGUGCGUAGCAGUUUUUUAGCAUUCGCUUUGGAUCACCAAAGCAGAGCCUGGAAUACACAGUUAGAGCCGAAUAAGUAUCAUUCGCCGCAUGGGUGCCUGGGUUGAUGAUCGUUUAGCGGAGGAGGAGGAGGUGGUGGUGGUGGUUGUCCUGACAAAUCAAGAGGAAAAAACAAAGUAUCAAAGUAAGCAGGAGGGCCAAUUAAAAAGGACUUACAGAAUUUUCGAGGGAGUUUGCAAUGAUUGCAAUUGGACAACGGGUACGGGCCAGUUGCGUCCAACUGACAUUAUCAACAACAUCAUCGUCGUCGUCAUCAUCAUCGUAUUCUCAUAUUACGUCGCGUCCGCGUCCGCGUUGUUGUUGUUGCCGUUGCGUCGUCAGUUUAGCAGGCAGUUGUACGAGUGGCCAUGUUUAACGUUGUUUAAAUCAAGGACGAAACUAAAUCGGUAUUAUUGAAUCAAUCGAAACAAAUUCUUCCGCGUGUGUGUGUGUGUGUGUUAUACGAGCCAACAAAAAAGAAUUCAAUAUAGUUUAUUCUAUUUUAUACGAAAUCAUUUAAAACGUCCUCCAGUUUCCACAGGUGGAAAAAAUACGAAAAGAAGAAAACGGGGGAUCAGUUUCUUAUCUUCUUUCCUCAUCUUUUUUUUACAUUUACUUUAGAAAUUAUCUCAUUUUAAUCGAGGAAUUUUGCAAGAGAAUAAAAAAAACAUCGAAGUUGAGUGCGGGGGUGAGUAGUGUGUGCGCGUGUGUGUUUGUGUGUUUCGAGUGAGAUCCAUUGAUGUCUUUAGAAAAAAAUCACAUUCGGAUAAAUUGAGUAUCAACGGGAAAUAGUUUCUUCUUUACGUUUAACGGUGGUUAACCAAUAUGGCCGACUGGGUCAAGUUCAAGGGUAACAAAAAUAAUCGAAAUAAUGAAUCUACGGGGGGAGAUUCUGAGAAUAAUACGUUUGGAAAUAUUGGUUUGUCGGAUGAGGAUAAAAAUCGACAAAUUGUUUAUGAGAUCGUUGAUGAUAGGACAACAUUUGGAAAACGUUUGGAAGAAAGGAUAGACAACAAUGAUGAUGGUGGUGAUGGUGGGGGUGAUGGGGAUGGUGGAGGACAGGAAUUGGUGGAGGUACUUUUAGAAAAUAAUACUUCGAACAAUAUAAAUAAUUAUAAAGAUAAUAAUAGCGAAGAGAAAAGACUCGUGGAUAAAAAAAAUAACGAUCAUCAAUGGUUAGAAACGGGAUCUAGGAUACGUCAAGAAGCUAAAGAAGAAUUGACGGAUAAUAAGAAUAAUUCGCCAAAGAGACCAAUUAGUCUUUACAAGGAUGAUUCGUCUAGCCCGCAAAAAAUGAAGAAGAAGAACGUGUUCAACGAAAGGAACACGCAUUUUGUAUCACCUACGAGAAUUCCUUUAUCGUCUAAAAAGGGGGCUUGUAAUUCGCCUACGGAAAAGAGUACGGAAAGAUUGGUCAAUGGUAAACCACCUAGGGAAGAAAAGCAACAACAUCAUGUACAAUUUAAUAAAGAUUCGAAAAAACAACAAUCCAAUCAGCAAAAUAAUUUAUCCGAAGAAAGGCAAGAACAUGAACGAGAACAGCAACAACAUCCAAGCCCAUCGAUUUCAACUUCAACGAGCAGCAGUUCAGAAGACAAUUCGACAUUAGAUCAAUUUUGCGAAGCCAGACCACCCGAUGGUGGUUGGGGUUGGGUCGUAGUGGCAGCAUCCUUUAUGGUCAAUCUUAUUGCCGAUGGGAUAACGUUUUCAUUCGGCGUAAUUUACGUUGAAUUUUUGAAUUAUUUCGGAGCAGGCAAAUCAAAGACCGCAUGGAUCGGCAGUCUUUUCAUGGCAAUGCCGUUAUUGUCAGGACCUGUGGCAAGUUUUCUUACGGAUCGGUAUGGUUGUAGGAGAGUAUCGGUUGCCGGUAGUAUAUUGGCAACUGUUGGAUUUAUCGUCAGUUCGUUGACCAAAUCAAUGGGCUUAUUGAUAUUCACAUUCGGCGUGGUCUCCGGUUUCGGAUUGUCGUUGUGUUUCGUUGCCGCGGUUGUUAUCGUUGCUUAUUAUUUCGACAAGAAGAGAUCUUUCGCUACGGGAUUAUCCGUUUGCGGUAGCGGCAUAGGUACUUUUAUAUUUGCCCCAUUAACCCAAUAUCUUCUCGUCGAAUUCGGUUGGCGUGGAACAAUGCUGAUAAUAGCCGGUUUGUUUCUCAAUUUGGCCGUGUGCGGUUUCCUGAUGCGUGAUCCUGAGUGGACUACGACCAGGGCAAAAGCCAAAACCGAGGAAAGAAGGAAAAAUCGGGAAAAGAAAAGAUCGAGAAUGCAAAGCUCAAGUGCCGAUUCAUUUUCCGCGAGUAGUUCAGCGAAUACAACUACACAAACGCCUCACGGUGAAACUAAGAGAAGUUUUGCAUCGGCAAACGCUAUGAUCAUUGAAAAUUUUCGUUCCCAGGAGGAGGAGGAGGAUAACAACGAUGACAAAUUAUUCUCGAGUUUGGUUAGUUUGCCGACAUUCGUUAAAAAUGGCGAAAAAGUACCGUUGGAAACUUUGGAAUUAUUGAGCAAUCGUAAAAACGUUUACAAUGUAUUAUUACAAAAUUAUCCGAAUUUAUUGAUAUCAUCGAAGAGUUUCAGCGAUUCCGGUGCACUUCACGAUCAAAUCAGUAUACCAUCGGCUAGAUUUGUACCGACUCCUAGUCCGUUGACAGAUUUUAAAAACGACGAACGUAAUAAUCCUAAUUCGAAGAUUGAUGAAAAGGAAUUGGUCAAACAGGCUGACGCGACCUAUCUUUGGUGGUUGAAAAAAAUGAAUUCCGAUAGUCCGUUACGUCGUUCGAGUACCAUGGAACAUCCGCGAAGAUUACCAACAGCUUAUUUGAAAGAUAUCAGAAUGCAUAGGCAUAGUCUUACGUACAGAGGUGCCAUGCUUAACAUCAACAGGUAUCGUUUAAGAGCAUCCAGUUGUCCGGAUAUUUAUAGGAAUUCUAUGACCACCAUAGCCAAAACUAAAUUGGUCUGGUACGCUGGUCUCUGGGAAUUCUGGGAUUUGAUCGUCGACAUGUUGGAUUUUUCUCACUUUGCCGAACCACGAUUCUUACAUUUUGCCAUAAGUAAUUUCCUUUUACAUACCUGGUACGAUGUACCUUAUGUUUAUUUAACGGACAACGCUAUUGAGAUGGGUUUCAGCGAGACAGAUGCUUCCAUUUUGAUUUCGGUUAUCGGCAUUGCCAAUAUGAUCGGCGAGAUUAUUCUUGGCUGGGCUGGUGACAGAGAUUGGGCUAAUGCAUCAAUCUUGUAUGCAGGUUGUAUGAUACUUUGCGGUGGUGUUACGGCUAUGAUACCUUUGGUUGUCAACAAUUAUGUUAUGCUAUGUUUAAUAUCUGGUGCCUUUGGUCUAUUCAUCUCGGCGAAUUAUAGUCUUACAAGUAUCAUACUAGUCGAGAUGAUCACUAUCGAAAGAUUUACCAAUGCCUAUGGACUUUUACUUCUAGUUCAAGGUGUCGCUAAUCUUAUGGGUCCACCGUUGGCUGGGUGGCUUUAUGACAUCACCGGAUCAUACGAUCUCCCCUUCUACUUGGCCGGCUUCUUUAUCGCUUUAAGUGGGGCGUUGCUUUUGGUAAUGCCGCUGAUUUUGCUCUAUAGAAAAUUUAGGUCAGGAAGAAGUUCGAAGGAUGAAGUUGCCAACAAGGAUUUCGCCGAAACGAAUAACGUUUAAAAACAAAACAAAAAUAUAAUCACACAAAAUAAUCGGAUCUUCGAUAUAUAUAUAUACAUGUAUAUAUAUAUAUAUUUUUUUUUUCCUUCGAUAAGAUAUGACAAAAUGUUUAUACGAAGGAAAGAUAAAUAAUAUGUGUGUAUAUAUAUAUAUGUAGAAAGGGGUGGGGAGGCUGAGAAGGGGGCAGGAUAGAAAAGAGGAAGCCUCAAAAAAAAAAAAGAAAGGAAACUUUAUCUUUAUUUUUAUUUUUUUUCUAAAUCAAUAAUUUGAAAAUGUUUUAUAUGUGUUAGGGAAAUGAGAAUAAGUGAUUUAUACAAAUUAGAAAAGGGAAUAAGGAAAGGAAGGGGAAAAAGAUAUAGGAGUACAUAAAUUGUUAUGCAUUUUGAAAACAAAUGUUUUUUAAAUGCAUCAUUUUCAUCGUUGCGUUACGCACGUCUUAUACAA